CCAUACAUCAUCAUUUCUUUCACUCAACCGUUUUUGUCUAAACCUUAGGUUGUUGUUGUUGUCAUCUUCAAAAUGGAGUCUACAGGAAAAGUGAAGAAAGGUGCAGCUGGAAGAAGAGGUGGCGGUCCAAAGAAGAAGCCGGUAACCCGGUCUGUUAGAGCCGGUUUACAGUUUCCGGUUGGUAGAAUUGGGCGUUACUUGAAAAAAGGAAGAUAUGCUCAACGUGUUGGCACUGGUGCCCCGGUUUAUUUGGCUGCUGUUCUUGAAUAUUUGGCUGCUGAGGUGUUGGAGUUGGCUGGAAAUGCUGCUCGUGACAACAAGAAGAACAGAAUUAUUCCGAGGCAUUUGCUUUUAGCUGUGAGGAAUGAUGAAGAGUUAGGAAAGCUGCUUGCUGGUGUGACAAUUGCACAUGGCGGUGUUCUUCCUAACAUUAACCCUAUUUUGUUGCCUAAGAAAACUGGUGGUGAAAAGGCUGGGAAGGAGCCUAAAUCUCCAUCCAAAGCUGGCAAAUCUCCUAAGAAGGCUUAGAUUUAUUUGCUGUCUUAUUUUUUUUGGAUGUUCUAUGUAUGUAAUUCUGAUUGUCCGUCUGGGAUAUUUAAAAGGAAUUUAGUUGGAACUACUGUUUAGAUGUUGUUAGUUUUUCUUCUAUUAUCAAUCAAUGAAACCCCUUGUUUCGAAUUUA